AUGGACUUCUCGUUCAGUGAAUGCCAGCAACCGCCGAAAACCGAGCAAUUGGACUACACGUUGACCAGCGGCGGCUUCUGGUCGGACUGUCGAGGUAGGUUGGGGGAUUUUGUGAGGGUCAAAAUACAGUGGGGGACCUGAUCCAGUGGCAAAAAACGUACCAUUUUGCAUCCGGAAAGUACCAAAAAUGCAGCAAAAUACCUCCCUCUCCAAGUGAAAAUACUCGGGUUUCAAAAGCUCUUUUUGUGAGGGAAAGGGCGCGCUCUUCGAAACGAAGUUUCUUCACUUGGAGAGGGAAGCAUUUUGCCACAUUUUUGAUACUUCCCGGAUGCAAAAUGGCAUGUUUUUUGCCACUGGAUCAGGUCCCCCAUCGUAAUAGGCACUUGAUUUGAGUACGAAAUUUAGAGAAAACAUGAUUUUUUGUUGGAAAUUUGGCUUUUAUGGUGUAAAAGUUGAUUUUUUUUUGGAUUUUUGAUAAAUUUUUUGUGAGUUAAUACAGUUUUUAUGGGUGUAGAAUGAUAUUAGAAGUACCGAAAGACGUUUUAAGAUUCUAGAAGUUGAGUUUUUCAGCUAAAAAUUUAUUUUUUGCCCUAAAAUUUCAAAAUAUUUUCUUUUCCUCCAGAUAUCGACCCACGGCUGCACAGCCAGCGCCGUUUCGGCUCCACGAUCGCCCUCGACUCCAGCCCGGUAUGUUUCCCGUCGAACAUGCAGCAAGCAUAUCCCCAACCGAUCACCGUCGCGCCCGCCAACUCGUUCGGCUCAAACCAGGCGCUGCAGUCGCCGUCCACGCCACUUGCAGACUUUAAGCCCGUCUCCCGGUCGAUGGAAUGCCUUACCCAACCAACCACAUCGAAUCUCAACCAUCUCUACAACGCUCAGGCCCACAUGGACGACUCCAAAGUGAAUUAUAGCUACGAUAAUGACUCUGGCAUGGUAAGAGUCAUUUUUUGGGUUUUUUGACUCAUUUUUGGCUGAUUUGAUUGGUUUUUUUAUGUUUAUGAGCUUUUCACUUGUUUUUACAUUUGAAAAAGCUCUUAAAUUUCAAGUUUUUAGUGA